GCGAGCGGAAGAGGAAGGCGCGGGCCGGGCUGUGAGGUGGCAGCGGCUGCAGCGGCGGAACCGGCGCCUCGGCCCGGCACUGGGGUCUGUUCCCCCUUCCCCACCCUUCCCCCUGCGGGGGCGACCGGGGCGCCGCCCCAGACGGCAGGAGCAGGACUAGACUUGGUCUUUGGUCGCCGAGAAAUAGAGCAGGGGCCCUCGUCCUGGCAGCGGCCACGUCCGAAGGACCGAAGGUCACAGGACCCCGGUGUUGUCUCUAGCUGCUUCUCGUCCUCCCGCUUUGGUUUGGCUUGGGUACCUGGGGGCCCCGGUAAAGCCAGGCACCGACUUGCGUACACAGCCAGAGUUACUGUCAUUUGCUUCCUGUCUCCUCUCAGAAGAAAGUGGACGGCGCCAGCCUCUCCGCAGCUGGGCCUCAGAGAAGAAUUGCCCUGCGAAAUGGUUCCAUCAGCCGUUGUGCUCCUCUGAGAGGCUCUCAGUGCUGAGUCACCGUAUCUGUCCACCUCCUGGGGUGCGCAGAACUCUGCACCAUGCCGGCGGCUCCUGGACACCCUCGCUGGGGAGGAGGGGUUAUUCUAGCUGUGUGUUCCCUUAACUAAACUCAGGAGUAGAGUAGAAAGAGGCCCUUAACCCUUCCGCAGUGCUGGCCUUUCAAUAGCUAGUCAGCAGCUUCUUCAGUAAAUCGAGUGAGAAACAUGCGCCCAGCGAGGUGCUCUUUGAAGAAGGCCUACUGAGGCAGGCUCUUGUAGUUGGGGCUGUUAUUUUGAUGGAGAAUGUGCUUUUCCCCAACUCCUUCUUUAUCAGCUGCUGCUUGUCUCACCUUAGAUCCAGUCUGCGGAUGUGUGUAGUUCUCCUUUUUGCAUUAGAUUUGUCAGGAUUAAGUUUGUUUCCUCCUUUUUCUGGAAGACCAUAAUGCCAUUAGUGGGUGAAAUUGACUGUAAUAUGUAUUGCCAUUUAGGCUGAGGGUUAAAUAUGGCACCUUGAGGACUAAAGCCCAGGCAUACGCUUCCUGGGGAUGCUGGGACUAGAAGCAGACCUUCCUUCUCUGUUGCUCUGUUGUCAACUUCACUGCCCCCAGGUUUCCUGGUUAAAACCAUAGGCCUGCUACUGGCCUUGCUCUGUUGUCGACUUCACUGUCCCCAGGUUUCCUGGUUAAAACCAUAGGCCUGCUACUGGCCUGACACCCAUCAACCUAUUGACUGAUCCUUGAGGCUGUGCCCUCUGGGGCAUGCACAUGGCAGGGCCUACCACCAUGCGACUGAGCUCCCUGUUGGCUCUGCUGCGACCAGCACUGCCCCUCAUCCUAGGGCUGUCUCUGGGAUGCAGCCUGAGCCUCUUGCGGGUUUCCUGGAUCCAGGGUGAGGGAGAAGAUCCUUGUGUAGAAGCUGUGAGAGAACCAGGAGUGCCACAUAAUCCAGACUCAAGAACUGGACUCGACCAAAGUGAUGAAGACUUCAAACCCCGGAUUGUCCCUUACUACAGGGAUCCCAACAAGCCCUAUAAGAAGGUGCUCAGGACUCGGUAUAUCCAGACAGAGCUGGGCUCUCGGGAGCGGUUGCUAGUGGCUGUGCUGACUUCCAGGGCUACCCUAUCCACUCUGGCUGUGGCUGUCAACCGUACCGUGGCCCACCACUUCCCUCGAUUACUGUACUUCACGGGGCAGCGAGGAGCCCGGACUCCUGCAGGGAUGCAGGUGGUAUCGCACGGGGAUGAACGGCCAGCCUGGCUCAUGUCAGAGACCCUGCGCCACCUCCACACACACUUUGGGGCCGACUACGACUGGUUCUUCAUCAUGCAGGAUGACACGUAUGUACAGGCCCCCCGCCUGGCAGCCCUUGCAGGCCAUCUCAGCAUCAACCAAGACCUGUACUUGGGCCGAGCAGAGGAGUUUAUUGGCGCAGGCGAGCAGGCCCGGUACUGCCAUGGGGGCUUUGGCUACCUGUUGUCACGGAGUCUCCUGCUUCGAUUGCGGCCACAUCUGGAUGGCUGCCGAGGAGACAUUCUCAGUGCCCGUCCUGAUGAGUGGCUUGGCCGCUGCCUCAUCGACUCUCUGGGCAUCGGCUGUGUCUCGCAGCACCAGGGGCAGCAGUAUCGUUCAUUUGAACUGGCCAAAAAUAGGGACCCUGAGAAGGAGGGGAGCUCGGCUUUCUUGAGUGCCUUUGCAGUGCACCCCGUCUCCGAGGGAACCCUCAUGUACAAGCUCCAUAAACGCUUCAGCGCUCUGGAGCUUGAGCGAGCGUACGGCGAGAUAGAACAACUGCAGGCUCAGAUCCAGAACCUGACCAUGCUGACCCCCGAGGGCGAGGCAGGGCUGAGCUGGCCCAUUGGGCUCCCGGCCCCUUUCACACCACACUCCCGUUUUGAGGUGCUGGGCUGGGACUACUUCACAGAGCAGCAUACCUUCUCCUGUGCAGACGGGUCCCCCAAGUGCCCACUGCAGGGGGCCAACAGGGCCGAUGUGGGUGACGCUGUGGAGACUGCUCUGGAGCAGCUAAACCGGCGCUACCAGCCCCGCCUGCGCUUUCAGAAGCAGCGGCUGCUCAAUGGCUAUCGGCGCUUCGACCCGGCACGGGGCAUGGAGUACACCCUGGACCUCCUGCUGGAAGCCGUGACGCAGCGCGGGCACCGGAGGGCCCUGGCGCGCAGGGUCAGCCUGCUGCGACCGCUGAGCCGGGUGGAGAUCCUGCCCAUGCCCUACGUCACCGAGGCCACCCGUGUGCAGCUGGUGCUGCCGCUCCUGGCAGCCGAAGCCACUGCGGCCCUUGCUUUCCUGGAGGCCUUUGCAGCCGGUGUUCUGGAGCCUCGAGAGCAUGCUCUGCUUACCCUGUUGCUGGUCUAUGGACCUCGGGAAGGUGGCCGAGGGGCCCCAGACCCAUUCCUGGGGGUGAAGGCAGCAGCGGCUGAGUUAGAGCGACGGUACCCUGGGACCAGGCUGGCCUGGCUCGCUGUGCGCGCAGAGGCCCCUUCCCAGGUGCGGCUCAUGGACGUGGUCUCCAAGAAGCACCCCGUGGAUACGCUUUUCUUCCUCACCACCGUGUGGACCAGGCCUGGGCCCGAAGUCCUCAACCGCUGCCGGAUGAAUGCCAUCUCGGGCUGGCAGGCCUUCUUCCCAGUGCAUUUCCAGGAGUUCAACCCUGCCCUGGCACCACAGAGAUCUCCCCCAGGGCCCCCAGGAGCUGGUGCUGACCCCCCGUCCCCUCCUGGUGCCGACCCUUCCCGGGGGGCUCCUGUAGGAGGCAGGUUUGACCGACAGGCUUCUGCGGAGGGCUGCUUCUACAAUGCCGACUACCUGGCGGCCCGGGCCCGGCUGGCUGGUGAACUGGCAGGCCAGGAAGAGGAGGAAGCCCUGGAGGGGCUGGAGGUGAUGGAUGUUUUCCUCCGGUUCUCAGGGCUCCACCUCUUCCGGGCCGUGGAGCCAGGGCUGGUGCAGAAGUUCGCCCUGCGUGACUGUAGCCCACGGCUCAGCGAGGAGCUCUACCACCGCUGCCGCCUCAGCAACCUGGAGGGGCUGGGGGGCCGCGCCCAGCUGGCCAUGGCACUGUUUGAGCAGGAGCAGGCCAACAGCACGUAGCAGGCCCCGGGGCCCUGCCCCUCCAUGGAGUUCCCCUGUCUGCCAGCCUUGGGAAGGGUGAGGCAAAAUGGAUGGACAGAUGGAGAGCUUGUUGCUGUAUUUUUUUAAUAAGAAAAUGUUAUUAAAAGCGUCUUCUGCCAAA